CUUGUGUAAAGGUGGAGGCUCGGCUCGUCGCUGCUGCGCCGCUCAGAAGAAACUUGAGCUGUUAAAACUUUGACGAACAUCGUUAGAUGUCUGCCACAUAACCAGACCUAUUUAGAGUAUAUGCUGCUCAAGAACUCUCCCAAUGUUUGACGAAGGAGACGAACCCGACAGCGGCGAAAGAGCCCAUCUGUCUGAGUCUCCCUCACCGCCUCUGCCUGUCUGUCUUCCCCGAGGAUCACCUUCCUCACCGCGGCCCCUGGACCUCUUUUCCUCCGCCUCUCCGCUGCUGGGGGACGCAGACCCGCCUUACCUCGCCACUCCGGAGUGUCUUUACCCGUCUCCAGACAACCAGGAACCCGGGGACUCCCCACAUUCCACACCGCCAAAGUUAUACCAGAGCAUCGGGGACACCGGCUCUCCGUUUCGUUCGUGGCAGGAUGUGCGGACAGAUGCGCUGUUCGACCGCUGCGAUGCCCCGUUCCCCAAGUGGAGAGGACGAGGCGCGGCGAACGCUGACAGCUUUCAGCACCGCGGACAGAGACUCCACCGGGCACCAGAGGGCUCGGACAACGGGGACCGCGGGAACCACUCCGUUGAGCACAUCGACACCGGGUUCAACUCCGAAAGCAGGCAAACGGUGGAGGCCAUGCAUCGCCGGCACACCACAUUGAGAGAAAAGGGGCGUCGCCAGGCAGUGCGGGGCCCAGCCUACAUGUUCAAUGAACGUGGCUCGGCCCUCACUGCAGAGGAGGAGCGUUUCCUGGAUGCUGCCGAAUACGGAAACAUUCCUGUGGUCCGCAAAAUGCUGGAAGAGUCCAAAACCCUUAACUUCAAUUGUGUAGACUACAUGGGCCAGAAUUCUUUGCAGCUGGCAGUGGGCAAUGAGCACCUAGAAGUGACUGAGCUGCUUCUAAAAAAGGAUGGUUUGGCGAGGAUCGGUGACGGCCUGCUUUUGGCUAUCUCCAAGGGUUAUGUCCGAAUCGUUGAAGCCAUUCUCGCCCACCCUGCUUUUGGAGGAGGUCUCCGACUUGCUUUGAGCCCUCUGGAGCAGGAGAUGCGUGAUGAUGACUUCUACGCUUACGACGAGGACGGAACACGUUUUUCACAUGAUGUCACGCCCAUCAUCCUGGCUUCUCACUGCCUGGAGUAUGAGAUCGUCCACAUCCUUUUGACGAAGGGGGCCCGCAUUGAAAGGCCUCACGACUACUUCUGUCAGUGUUUCGAAUGCAUGGAGAAACAGAAGCAAGACGCGUUCAGUCACUCACGCUCCAGGAUGAAUGCAUACAAAGGCCUGGCCAGUGCAUCUUACCUGUCACUCAGCAGUGAAGACCCUGUGCUGACCGCCCUCGAGCUCAGCAAUGAACUGGCAAGACUGGCCAACAUCGAGACCGAGUUUAAGAAUGAAUACCGUAAGCUGUCCAUGCAGUGUAAGGACUUUGUGGUGGGUGUGUUGGACCUUUGUCGGAACACAGAGGAAGUGGAGGCCAUACUGAAUGGUGACGUGGACCAGUGCCCUCCAAGCGCCUACAACCGACCCUGUCUCAGCCGUGUCAUCCUGGCCAUUAAGUACGAGGUCAAGAAGUUCGUUGCCCAUCCUAACUGUCAGCAGCAGCUUCUGACUAUCUGGUACGAGAACCUGCCCGGUCUGAGGCAGCAGUCUGUCGGGGUGAAGUGCUGGACAGUGCUGGGGGUCGCCGUAGGUCUGCCCUUCCUGGCUGUUGCCUACUGGAUAAUGCCAUGUAGCAAGCUUGGUCAGAUCCUGCGAAGCCCCUUCAUGAAGUUCAUAGCUCACGCUGUCUCCUUCACCAUCUUCUUGGGUCUGCUUGUUGUCAACGCCUCUGACCGCUUUGAGGGUGUCAAGAACCUGCCCAAUGAGACCAUCACAGACCACCCGCGUCAGGUGUUCAGGGUCAAGACCACCCAGUUCUCCUGGACAGAGAUGCUGAUCAUGAAGUGGGUGUUGGGUAUGAUUUGGUCAGAAUGUAAGGAGAUCUGGACCGACGGGCCCAGAGAGUACAUCAUGCACCUGUGGAAUGUUCUGGACUUUGGCAUGUUGUCUAUCUUUGUGGCUUCCUUCACGGCACGCUUCAUGGCGUUCCUCAAGGCGACCAAAGCCCAGCAGUAUGUGGACAUGCACGUACCAGACGAAGACAUUAGCACCGCCCUGCUGCCUGACGAAGUCGCCUACUUCACUUUCGCCAGGAACAAGUGGCGCCCAUCAGACCCCCAGAUCAUCUCAGAAGGCCUGUACGCCGUCGCUGUGGUGCUGAGCUUCUCGCGCAUCGCCUACAUCCUGCCAGCAAACGAGAGCUUCGGCCCAUUGCAGAUUUCACUGGGACGCACGGUCAAAGAUAUCUUCAAGUUCAUGGUCAUCUUCAUCAUGGUGUUUGUGGCCUUCAUGAUUGGCAUGUUCAACCUGUACUCGUACUACCUGGGAGCCAAGUACAAUCCUGCCUUCACCACGGUGGAGGAGAGUUUUAAGACUCUUUUCUGGUCGAUCUUUGGGCUGUCUGAAGUGAUCUCAGUGGUGCUGAAGUACGACCAUAAGUUCAUAGAGAACAUCGGCUACGUGCUGUACGGGGUCUAUAAUGUCACGAUGGUGGUCGUCCUUCUCAACAUGCUCAUUGCUAUGAUCAACAGCUCGUACCAGGAGAUAGAGGAGGAUGCUGACGUAGAGUGGAAGUUUGCCCGAGCCAAGUUGUGGCUCUCCUACUUUGACGAGGGCCGCACCCUGCCCGCCCCCUUCAACAUGGUUCCCAGCCCAAAGUCCUUCUACUACCUGGUCCUCCGCAUCAAGUCCUGUCUGAUACACCUCUGCAAGGCCAACAGCCAUCGCCAUAACGAGCUGGAGCUGGGCAUGCUCAACUCACAGGCCAAGGAUGAACGCCUCAGGACUUAUCCACGCCCGGGAGAAGAGUUCAUCCCCAGAAAAUCUAGAAAACACCCGACCAGAUACGAGAAUAUCAUGAAGCGCCUGACUAAGAGGUAUGUGCUAAAGGCCCAAGUGGACAGAGAGAGCGAUGAAGUCAAUGAAGGUGAGCUGAAGGAGAUCAAGCAAGACAUUUCCAGCCUCCGUUAUGAGCUCCUGGAGGAGAAGUCCGAUGCCGCUGCAGAGCUGGCUCUGCUCAUCCAACAACUUGGCGACAAGUUUGGCAAGAACACCAUGAGACAGUGACAGGACUCGCAAGAAGGAGAGAGUGGAAGGGAGGGAGGAAGAUGUGAAAGAGGGUGAAAUCAGGAGGAAGGGGAGGCAGGAACAGGGAAGGUAUUUUUAAGACCUUUAUGGUGGAAGAGUGAGAAAAAGAGGGAGAUGGGAGGCAGGAUGUUUAUGAGAUAGACGGGGAAGAAAGUAGAAGAAAAGCGUGAGAGAAACAGACUGGGCGCAGAGCGAAAAUUUGAUAACUUAAUGGAAAGGGUUUUGUAUUAUGCAAUGACAAAUUAAGGAGGAAUGUGAAAAGAACAUAGCUGCGACUGCACAAGAGCACAAGGUCGAGGGUCAGAGGUGAAGUAAACUCAGUGGAAGGGGCUUUGUGUCGACAGUUGAAUUCUAAUAAAAGGCGACGUCUUCAGGGAGUCGUAAGAAUAUUUGUUUUUCACACCUGAAAGGCUGGCUUUGCUUCUAUGUCUUCACUUUGUCAGGACAAGCAUAGUGACGCCUGUCAAGAUACUGUACUCUCCUUUAUACACCAGGCUAUCUAAUUAAUGCAUUUCUAUCCACAAUGCACACCUUGAUCAGGAGUCAAAUGAUUCAGGAAAAAGCGAUGAAACAGUGUAGGAUUUAUACACUCAUUUGAAAGUCAUUGAAGCACUCUCCAAAAAUGCAGUCAGUGACCUUUGUAUGUCCACAUAACACACAGUGUGCUGGUAAGGCAUUCAGUAUUGCAGCUCCUCGUGUGCUGUCUCCAAGAGAUCUUAUGUUUGUAGAAAUUGACUUUGUAGAGUUCCAUCAAAUUGCAAAAGUACUGAUAACACGACAGUAUGUAUUUUACCUCACUCAGAAUUAUUUAAAUAUAAUGUAACUAAAUAAGCACAUGCUGCCAGAAAGCAAGCACGUAUGGGUAAUUCAAGAGGAUAAGAAAUUUCACAGGAUACCUCUCCCACUGUGACUCGAGGUCUCAUGCAUAUUUGACCACUUUAAGACGAAAAAAUGUUAAAUAGGACCUAGGAAACAGUGGUGGGUGUUCUCCUCUUCAUUGUGCCUUUGCGGUACAAAGUGUUUUCUAAAAUAGUAGCCAGAUAGCGACAUGACCUCAAGCGGUUGUGUUUACAGCUAUAAAAUGCAGGAGGUCAGCGCUUGUUAUUAGCACAUGAAGGUAGAGAAACUCCGUCUGAUCGCUUUAAAGCAACCAGACGUUUGUGAUAUGGGAAAAUGGGGGAGAUAUAGAGAUAUGGGAUUCUGAAACACUGGGAUUGUGCUGCAGAGGCUGUGUGGAGUCAUUUUAUGGGCUUGUUUUUCUUUUGGAGACUUAAUUAAAGGACAUAGCGCUGCACUAGCUAACUGGCUGCAUUCGACUUCACCAGUGAUUCGCCUGACAUGGAGAACAGUAGGUAAUAGUUGAACUGUUGCUUUAACUAAUAUUAGAUAUAGAGAAAAUGUGAUCCAGUAACAAUGCAGUUUGAUAAACUGCUAAUUCUGCCCACUAGAAUUGAGAUGUGUUUUUAUUGUGAAGUGUAGAAUUCUAUCUAAAGCAACCAAUAGACAGAUGUAGAUACAAACAGGGUGCUAAAGAUUAUGUUGACCUGUGGGAUCAGCCAUAGUAUGUCUGUCAUGUAACAGGAGCCUAUUUUGGACAACAAAAUAUAGCCACUGGCCCAUUAUUUAUAGUCUGUCUAGUCCCCAAACCUGAACACCAUCAGUGAGAAUGCUUCAGUCCUUUCUAAAAUGCAGUUUCUAAACAGCAACAUCACACAGAUCUGCAUAUUUUGUUGUCAUUUAAAAACUUCAUGAAUGAGACAGUUUGGGUAUUUUACAUGUAAUCAACAGAUCGGAUGGCUUGCUCCAACGAUUUGGCUGACAAUUCAGAUCAUUACAAUAAAUAAAUCCCUUUCAUCCUUUUUGAAACCCAUUGGAUAAUAUCAAAAAGCAAAUAUUAUCAAGCUAAAACACCACGGUUUUGUUAUUCUUUUAUUAUGUGGAUGCUAUCAAACGUCAUUGGCCCCAUAGGUAAAGAUGAGCAGCGGGCAUACUGCUCAUAUUAACACAUUUAGAGGGCUGUCAUUACACACGAUUUGUGUUGGUGGGGAAAACAAAUCAGACCUUUUUCAUCUUAAAAUCAUUAACCAGUACAGUGAAACUAUAAAAUGAGUUAUUGCCAUAACAAAUGUAUCUAUACACAUACAGGUUGUUUUUAAAGCUUCUAAGGUUAAACGCCUAAGCUCAUUAGUAGUCACCGUAACCCCCAGAACAUUUCGUAGCAUUGAAAUUGAAACUUUAAACGCAAUUGAAACAGUUGACUUAGUAGAGGUAUAAUGUCUUUAACCUAUUGUGACCGUGUCUUGAUUCAGGUACACAAAUGUUGUCAAGUUUUCAUAUUAGUAAGUAGUGUGACUUGUGUCUUUAUUUAUUUUGACUGUCGGAGAGUGAAAGAGCAGCUAACUAUUUUCUGUGUCCAGAACCAGGCCAGGAAUGAACAGACUCCUAGAGAAGGUUUUAUGAUUCCCACUGCUUUAAACGCAAAAUUAACGGAAAUACUGUAUUUUUCACUUGUACGCAAGAGAUAUUGAUUAAUGCAAAAUCUUGUACUGUAUAUUGUCAUAUUUUUGAUCUUUGAAUUAAAGAUAGUAUGCUCUAAA